GACUCAUAUUAAAUGAAGCAAAGUGGAUAUUCCAUACGUCCAAGAUUCCUCUAAAAAUUUAUAUCCAUCUCAGUUCCUUACUCUUUAUUUUAUACGCAAAAUUAGAAACGUAUCCAUAUAUAUAAACAUUUAUGUGUGUGUAAGAAUAUAUAUAAUAAAUCAAGACAGACAUUGUAGCACAGAAGUAGAGAAAGAAAGGAAGCUAGAAGAUGGAGAUAUUUGUGAAGAAAGAGUACUUAGAUUUGGUUCUUGUCCCAUUUGGAUUAAUCAUAGUUUUAUCUUACCAUCUAUUUCUUCUCUAUAGAAUCCUCUAUUUUCCUUACCACACCAUUAUCGGUUUCAUGAACAUCGAUAAAUCCAUUUGGGUCGACCGUAUCAUGCAGGCAAGAAAAGACGAAUUGGGUGGUGCUUUAACUGUUCUUUCAAGCAGCAUAUCAGCUUCAACAUUUAUGGCGUCUAUUGCUUUAACAUUGAGUUCACUUAUCGGCGCGUGGAUCGGAAGCUCCCCGGUUAAUAUGACAGUUUUUACGGGAGAUUUUGUCUAUGGAGACACAAGUUCAAUCACAAUGGUCAUCAAAUACACUUCUCUCCUCAUAUGUUUCCUAGUUGCAUUCUGUUGCUUUAUUCAAUCCACGAGAUGUUUUCUACAUGCGAAUUAUCUUAUUACCACUCCCGGGGAAGAUAUUCCGCCAGACAUGGUGAAGAGAUUUGUCUUGAGAGGCGGUAACUAUUGGUCGGUGGGUCUUAGGGCUCUUUACUUGGCUCUUGAUCUACUGUUGUGGCUUUUCGGACCGGUUCCGAUGUUUAUUAACUCGGUUUUGAUGGUUAUUUGUUUGUAUUAUCUCGACUCGAACUCGGUGGCUCAGCCUCUUUAUCACCGGACUUUCGAGGCGGAGCAAGUUGUCAAGAAGAUGAGAGGAGUUUUGCCUGAACAGUUGACUUUUAGAUGUAAUUGAAAAGAAAAUUAUUUGAUUAUUAUUAAUCAAUUUGCCAACUUGAGAUUUGAAUA